UUUGUACUUUGGCCAUCAAGAAUCCUUCACAUAUUUACAGACAGUAGAGAGAGAGACAAAGCAGAGUCCACGGAGUACAAAUACCAUCAUGUUUCAUCUAAAGAAUAUUGUUGCCUUGACAUUACUGUCUGUCUACAUUUGUCAUGCGAAAGCUGGUGGUCUGAGAGCCGCGGACACAUCUAAAGUCACGUUACAGCCAUGGCUGGUGGGACUGGCAGCUGUUGUUGGAUUCCUCUUUAUUGUUUUUGUCCUCCUCAUUGUGCAAAGAAUCUUUUUCAAGAAAGACAAAGAUGAGAAAGAAGAAAUGGAGGAGGAAAACCAUGCAUUUUAUGAAAACAAAGCAGCUGAUUUGGAAGCAAAUGAGGACACCAAGCAGACCAAUUUUUAAUGAGAGUAUCAGAGAGGGUCACAGUCAAGAAAAAUCUCUCCGGAUGUUAUUGCACAGCUUUACACAGAGUAAUUAUUUAUGUAUUAUAAUUUGAGCAAUUUAUUUGCAGAUUAAGUUUGAAGGAGGUUUAUAAAAUGAGCCAAAUGUAAAACCCUUUUGAUCUGUUUUGUUUAUGCAUUUUUUAUUUAUAUGGUGUGUGUUGUUACUUACAUCAUCCACUAGAUGGUACAGCCUGGCCUUCGCUGGGUCAAAGCUUUCAACAAUCAACAUGUGGUAAAACUAUAUCCUAAAGAAUUAAGUUGAGAUUAAUUUUUUGGCAUUUUCACAAUGUAAUAAUUUACUACUAUGGUGUAUCUGAAGCAAACUUUAAUUUUAAACAUUCAUUUAUAAUGAAUUUAAACAUCGAUAAUGUUGAAAGAAAUGAAUACUGGCUCAAUGAGUCACAGGAUCCACAUAAUGUGCUGAUUAACUGGGGUUUGACUUGUAUGACAUGUCUGGGUUCAGCAUGCAUGUAUUCUAAAUGGACAAGGCUAUGAGAUGCAUUAUUCAUUUUGAGUGACAGUUUGGACAUGUAAAAUGCUUCCAGUAAAAUGAUGUAAUGUAUAGUUAUGCUGUGCAAUGCUUGUGAAAGUAGAAAGUAGACUUUGGUCAGUCAACACCUAAAUUAACAAUCUGUGAACAGGAAAACUGGUAGGCUGUUAGUCCAUUAAACUCCUUGAAACAAUACACCCUCCCUACACAUCUACAGUGCCUCCUUUUACAUGUUUAUGAACAUAAAAGCUAAUUUUUAACUUUCAACGUACAUACCCAGUAAAAACUGAACUGACUUUUUCUGUGCCUUCAUCACAGAUACAUUCAAAACAUCUUAUAAUGCAGACAGGUUUCUAUGCAAUGUUUUUAAGCUCACCUGCUUCUCAGUAAAAAAA